ACUGCCUGCGUCUCCUGCUCUCUCUCACGCUCGUCAUUUUUCCGAGUUUCACUUAUUUUUCUUGUGUUUUUACAUGAAAAUCGCUAAAAUAUCGCAUAUUUUACCCCAAAAAUGCGAAAUCUGCAAAAUUCAAAAAUGUCAUGGAAAUCACUUCGGGGUGAAUAGCUGCAGAGCGUGCGCCGCAUUUUUUCGGAGAACCGUGAAUUCUAAGUGGAGCCGCAUGAGAUGCCUCGGAGGGAGCUGUAAUCAAAUUUCAUUUCUCUGCAAGCCGUGUCGGCUUCAACAAUGUUUUAAUGGUGGAAUGAUGACAAAUAAUUUCCAAUACAACCGUGACGUCAUCUGUCCCAUGGACCCCCAACCUACAGUAUCUAUACCAAAAUCACUAGAAAUAUAUCUAGGAAAGCCAUAUUUUGUAAUGUUAAGUGAAAAAAAUUCGGAAAAAACGGAAAUCGAUUUGCACCGCCUGCUGGGAGAAGCCUCAAAAAUCCUGAGCCAAGGCUCCGCGAGCCCGAGUUUUUGUGCAGGGAAUCAGCUUAAAAAGCUUAGUUUAGGCCUUCCAAAUCAGAUAAUUGCACCGAGAUUCAAAAUGGCUGAGAAAGUGGCAAAAGCGGAACUCGUUGCCAACUGGGAGUAUUAUGUGAAAAAAGUUGCCGCGUGGCUUGCACAUUUUGACGAUUUCCGGAGAUUGGAUGUAGAUUUACAGAUGAAGCUUCUCCAAUCUAUAUGGCAUAUUUGGAGCCGUCUUGAAAAAUUAUCAGCAACUGCUAAAUACCGAAAAACUGCUCAAAGCUAUAAGAAAACCGAUGUUGUGCUUCAGGGCGACAUCGUUGUGGACGUAGAACAUGUAUAUAUGGAUACCAGGUGGCUGAGCAAUUUUCCGCUGGAGCAGUUUAGAAGAUUCAUGAUCCACUCUUCAUGUGACCAAUAUGACGUCACCCAGGCAUUGUACGACUUAUCACCUACUGAUAUUGAGUUAACCUAUAUGCUGGCUCAGUUGUGCUUCCAAUAUGCAGGAAAUCGAUAUCAGGGCCGGAUUUUGGAAGUUUGCGAUCGAUUUUUGACGGUUUUAUCGAAUGAUCUACAUGACUAUUAUAUAAAGGAUUUGGGGAUGUUGAGAUAUGCAGGAAGAUUGGCAAAAAUGAUGCAAGUCAAUAAUUCGAUUCAGAAAAUCCUAUGCCAAAAGCUUGCCCAACAACUCCCGGGCCCCAAAUUCUAUAUCACGCCAGUUCAAAAAUCGACGAAAUUCCAAAAUUUUCAAUACCGAAUUUUUAUCGACAAGCCAUAUGACGAACUUUUAGAGAAAUAUGUUCUCAACCUCCAUCCGAACGAUCACAGAAAACUGGAGAAAAACCUAGCAGACUUUCGAAAAUUUCACAUGGAAAAUGUGGUUCCCCAGCGAUUUCUGGCGGAUUUCUAUUUUCAAGGAACUUUUGAAAAUGAAGAAAAGCUUCACAAUUUGACAAUGGAAAUUUUGAAAAAAUAUCGAAAAAUUGAUUGUCUUGAAGAAGAUGAAGCCGUCCAAAUUCACAUGGAAGCCAAUCACGGAAAAGUUCAAAAAAGUCACCCAAAUCGGCUGAAAUCCUGGAAUUCUGAAAUAUUUUGAAAUAAAUCAAUUGUCGUGGAUAAUGAAGUGUGCAACUUUUGUGGCCGUUCUCUGGAAAAAUAAA